CAGACGUGGCUUUUGAGACCCAGAAAUCAGAGCUUUGUCAUAUAAAUACUGUGUAACCCUAGAUUUGAAUACAAUGUUCUCUUGAAAAGCAGGAGUCUUGAAGACUUAAAAGUGUUAUUUUAGGCAGUAUUUCUCAUUUUCUGUCUAAGUGCUUGUGAGAAAGAUGAAGUUCCAGGUGCUUCUGCUGGCCUUUGCUCUGGUGAUUGCCACUAACAUCUACUGUCAAGCCCAGCCUCAGCGGAGAGAUUCAGAUAAAUCUCCAGAGGUGUCCAGAAGGCAGGUCAGGACAUGCAACUGCAGUGGAAGAAGAUUUGAGAACUGUCCCUGUGAGCUGCAACGUCAAUACAGAGUCCUCAAAGAGCAGAAAGCUUUUUGCCAAAAGAAGGGGAGUGCGACAUCAAAAAUAUGCCAACGUUUGACUGGAGGAAUCAGGAAGCAGAAGAAAGGCAACAUAGGCAGUAUGCCGAUUUAAUCUCACAGUCACUAUGCACACAAACUAUACGUCCCCACAGUUUUAUACAUGUACCUGUUACACAAUAUCUAAAGUAAGUAGUGUAUACUGAACUACUUUUGUAUCUGUUAUAUUCCAAAUCAUUUAAUCUAUCCAGUGAGGUUGAGUUUUUACAAUUGGAAAAGAUGUGCAAGUGCAUUUAAAAAUAAAACGGGUUGCCAAUAAAAAGAGAAGUUUGUUUGAAUAA